AUGCCUCAUUCCAUUAGGUCCCCCAGCUCGCCGAGCCUGCGAGAUCCCUACAAACCGGCUCUGGAUGAUCCCCUCGUCUCUAAACCCAAUUCAAUGUCUCAUCAGAGACUCCCUCUGUCCCGCCCUCCCUCUAUUCGAACCCUCUCUACCCGCCGGUCUCGCCCUAGUGUCGCGUCAAUAGCAGACGUUUUUGUUGGCUCGCUUGUCCUGGCCGGUUUCUGCCACGAGCAUUCACCACGAGGCCGAGGCUUGUCAACAAUAUCUUUGGCGGCAUCAGAAAUCGAUCGCCGGGGGUUCAGGAGGAAAGACAGGAAAAACCAUAAUGAAAUCCCGUGUCGGAGGCGCUGGCAGUUCUCGGCGUUCUCGGUCCACCCGUCGCAACCUCAAUCGCGGCUCGGUCACGGUUUAGCACAGGUGGAGGAAGUUCGCUCGGAGGGGCCCGUUGCUGAAUUCACGAAUAUAGAGGGGAAAGAGGAGGAGGAGGAUAGUUCCCAUAUGCUUCCAAGAUUACCAGAAAUCCCGGACAGCAAAACGCAACAAUUCUCUGAAGACCAUUAUUUCGAUACAAUACCGAGCAACCUUCGAUUGAUAAUCCCUCCGAAAGAAAAUUUACAUUAUUUGAUAAAUCAAGACGACACAACAGAACCAGACAUGCCAGAGAAACCGUCCCCCCGUCGAGACGAACGAGUACAAAAAGCUAUAUCCAGCCUACUAAUGCGACAUUUGGGUUGGAACUACAACUGGAAGAAAGUUUUCGAUGCAUUGGUGCCCAAACCAACGUUUGUUCGAAAUGAAGAUGAAACUCGUGAUGCAAUAGAGAUUGCGUCGGUUGCUGCGCUUGUUGAAGCAUUGCCUAGUCGGAAACAGUUCAGCGCACAGCAGCUUUUUAAUUUAUACAGGCAAAUGCCAACCCCCGGAGUCGCUUAUUUGUCCAAACGUUCGCGUGGCACACUUUUGAGACGACUUGCGAUGCCUCCCAAUCAACGCUGGUCAGACUCACGUCGCUAUCUCGCAUUGGUGAAUGAUAUGAUUGCAGCAGGCCAUCCAAUGUCGCUCUCUAUGUGGACAUCUGCAAUCCACUUGGCUGGUCAGAGCAACAAUGGAAAAGUUUCGAAGCGUCGGCUGGUUCAAGCUAUUGGACUUUGGCAACACAUGGAGCAUUUCGCUGGAAUUCGUGCUGACAACGUUGUAUUCACCACUCUAUUUGAUACUGCCAUAAAAGCCGGUCAAUUUGUUGUUGCCAGCCGUCUAGAAGACGAGAUGCACAAGCGAGGUAUUCAGUUUGGACGCGAAGGGCUUGUAUCGAAAAUCCUCUACUACGGAAUACAGAAAGAUUCGGAUGGGAUCAGUGCCACUUUCGAGGCAUUUACACAGUCAGGGGAGCUCGUUGAUACUGUUGUGUUGAACGCUCUGAUAGGAUCUUUCCUUCGAGCCGGCGACGUUGAAACUGCAGAGCAUUUGUACAAGCGAAUGAUGCAUGUGCAAACCUCGAGGUACGGAGGCUCUCUGAAAUCAAAUGCUCGUUUUACAAACCAGCCUAGUCUCCGCACGGACUUCUCGUCAUAUCGAGCAGAGACUAAGACUCUUGGUCGUCUAUUGAGAAUGUCCACGCGACUCAAAAAAGAUUUUCCUGCGGACCACAGUGCUCUUCAAAACUCUCUACCCAUGACACCCGACACGCGGACUUUCUAUAUCUUGCUUCGUUAUUAUGCGCGGGAAGCCGGUGACCUUGACAUGUUCAUGAGCAUUUUACGCGACAUGGAAAGGACAUUUGAGGUUCCACCCCGCCAUGUAGUAUACCUCUUUCUUUUUGAAGGGUUUGCUGCUCAUGGACGCCGAAAGAAAGCAUGGUCGGUGGAGAGACUUCGAAGAACCUGGCUUGGUUUCAUAGAUGCCGUCCGUGACUCGAGGGCCAGAGUUUUCGCAUUUGACCUCAAGAACCCUUAUAUGACUUGGGAAAACCCGUUGGACAAAGAAGACCCUGUAACUGAGAACUCUGCCAAAGAAACAUCCGACGACCGCAGCUCGUUUUAUAUCCAGUUGCCAUCAACGAGUACGGAAGCCCACCACAAUGCACCUGGACAAAGCUCAGCAGUUUCCGGCGACUCCCUUGAAACACUUGGAAACUCCGAGAGGGGUCAAGAUUCCCAAGAUAGCGCCAAUGAAGAAGACAGUCACCCGAAAGAACAUGCCUUCGAGUACGACAUGGAUGAUCCAGAUAGUUCUCUCAACCGCCAGGAUAUUGACCACGCAGCCAAGCGGCUUCAAAAUGGCGUUUUUGUGGGACGACAGAUGGCCAUCGCCAUUCUGCGGGCAUUUGGCUGCUGCUGUGGUCCUCGAGCGGUCACGGAAGUCUGGUCACAACUUGAGCCAAUGUGGAACUCUGAGAAUCGCAAAGAAAGCGAUACAGCUGCUGUGAAGGAUGUGCUUGACCAAGAAAUGUCUCGACCUCCACGACGCAUGUAA